AUGGAGCGCGUUGAAACUCGUCCGUUGACUGUUGUCUCCAUUGUUUUGUUGGUCGUGCCCUGGGCCAUGAUGGCCCUGCGAAUCUAUACGCGCGUCGGAAUCAAGAAAAUGUUGCUAAUUGAUGACGCCCUGGUGAUUACGGCUAUAUUGACAUUUAGCGUAGCAACCAUCCUGAUUGCACAAAUGUUAAACACCAAACUUGACAAUUUGCCAGCAAACUAUGACUACAUUGAAAAGGUCUUCUACGCCACUACACUUCUAUACAUCGUCGCAGCCGUUACAGCCAAACUUUCGUUCAGUGUUACCCUUCUCACUGUUGCAAAUACCCACCAGAGAUAUAUGCUUUAUAUUCUCAUCGCGGUCCUUAGCAUUUUUAGCACCUUCUUCUGCAUCUGGCUUCUCAUUACGUGCAACCCAGCUACUCAUGGCCAUUCUCAAUGCUCCCAUGCAAGCAUAUUAAAGGUACUUAAUUACAUCAACGGAGCAUUUAUGAUUACGGCGGACGUUAUUGUUGUCACCAUAACGAUUUGGGUUUUGAAAAAAGUCAUGAUUAAAAGACGGAAGAAAAUUAUCAUUGGUGCGUUCAUGUCCUUGAGUGCUACGUCUUUUGGAGCAACUAUUGUCAGAAUGAUUUAUAUUCCGCAAGCGGUUACAAGCGACAACUUUAUCCAAAUGACUACCACUAUAACACUAUGGACCGUGGUUGAAACAGGAAGUUUCAUCACUGUGACUGCUGCAUCCGUAUUACACCCGUUGGUCUCCAAGUUCUGGGAAACGGCGAUACAAUGGUCGAGUAGUCAUAGCCGCCGCAGACAAUCUGAAGUAGAAGCCGGUAACAUUGUGAUGAUACCUGUAAAGGCUUCUAUCCGGGGACAAAAGGAACCCGAUAUUUCUCGAUUCUCACGUCAUGCGAGAACGGAUGCUAGUGUGUCUGGGGAAUAUCUUAUAUUAGAUGGGACCAAUUAA